AUGUUGUUCAAAUCAGCUGUUCUUGCCUGUCUCCUCGCUGAGCUCGGUCUCGCGCGCCAGGCCAAGCGUCAGGAUGUCGCCCCGUCGCCCGUCCUGUCCAGCAUCAGUAUCCCGCCUCUUCUGUCAACGGGCACUGGUGCCGCCGCCCCUGCCAAGGCCGGACCGACAGGUCUCUUCCUCAACACCUCGAUCCCCGCUGUUGCCGCUCCUCCCCAGGUGUCGACCCUGACCGAGCUCGCCACGGUCACUUCUCUCCUCUCAAACAACGUCACCACCACCCAGGUUAUUACGACUGAGCGCACCGUCACCGCCGACGCCGCCCCAAUCAUCCUGCAACCCCAGGUCAUUAUCGUCUCCCAGGUUACCUUCUUCACCUUCACCUCCGCCCUCGGUGGUGCUUGUCCCGCUGUCCAGCAGGGUCAGCAGGGCGGCUUCGUCGUCGGCGGCCAGCAGUUCGAACAGUUCCAGUCCGCCUGUAACGCUGCCUGUGGCAUGCAGUUCACCCAGUGCCAGAGCAUCGCCGGACAGAACUUCCACAUCUCCCAGUGCCAGACCCAGCUCAUCGCCUGCCAGGGCGCCGCAAAGACCGCCACCGUCACCGUCUCUGUCCCCACGACUGUUACGCAGACCGUGCUCCUGCCCCAAGGCCCCAACUCUGGUGCCGCUGGUCUUCCUUCCAGCAUUGCCGGGACCGGUGGCUCCGUUAUCACCACCACCACCCUGCCUCCUGACGCUGCCGCGACCGUCGGGACCGGAGGUGUUUCUUUCGUCACUGUCACCGCUACGCCUGCAGCUCCUCCUGCCCAGACUGCCGCCCCUCAGACCAGUGUCUUGACCACCACCAUCGCGGCCAACCCCGAACAGCCCAACGCCACCCCUGUGGUGUCUGUCAUUACUGUCACCCGCCAGCCUGGCGCUGAGCCUUCCAAGCCUGCCGACGGUGGUGUCGGCGAAGAGGGUGGUGCCAGCGGCAAGGGCGGAUCCGUCGUCACCUCUGCUGUUGUCUCGACCCUCCCUGCUGUGGGCGGCCAGCCUCCUAUCGUCUCUACGAUCUACAUCACCAAGACCGCCGAGGCUGUCAGCUCCGUCGAUGCUAUCGCCGGCAGCUCUCCCGUGGUCACCACCCUCCCGGCCAAGUCUGAGGGCGGCCAGGCGAUCGUCUCUACAGUCUACGUCUCUGCUCCUCCUCCCGCUGCCACCAAGGGAGCUGGCGGGGCUGACAAAGCCGGGUCUGUAGUCACCUCCGCCAUCGAGACCACCCUCCCGGCCCAGAGCGCGGGUGGCCAAGCCAUCGUCAAAACCAUCUAUGUCACCGCUACCGCCCCCGCUGCCUCUGCGCCACCCCCGAAGCCUCAAGAGCCCAAGACCUCCGUCCUCACCAUGACCCUGGGCCCUGCCACCGGCAGCCCCGUGGUCUCUCUCAUCACCGUCACCAUCCCUCCUGCUGCUCCUACCGACUCCGCCCAGGCUGAGGUGUCCACCUCGGCUCUGACCUCCACCAUCCCGGCCGAGGGCACCAACCCUCCCCAUGUGACCACCGUCUACAUCACAGCCCAAGCCCCUGCAGCCACCUCGGCCCCUCCCCAUCGCGUCAUCACCAUCACCGUCGGUUCCCUCACCGGCGUCGUGACCGUCUCUGACGCCCAGAGCACCGCCUCCGCAACGACCGUGGCCUCGGCCCUCCCCAGCGCUGGCACCGGUGGUAGCGUCGGCAACGAGGGAAGUCAAAACUGCCCCGCUGCCGUCACGGUUACCGAGACCGUCUCCUCGUGCCCCACGGCGGCCGUAACCUCGGUCCUGACGCAGACCGUAUCGGUCGUCCCUGCGGCCACCGGCGAAGUCAAGCGCACCAAGUCCGACAAGAAGCACGCCGCCGAGUACAAGCGCGAUGAGUUCCGUCACUCCCGGCGCCACGUCCGCGCCUUUGGCCUCUAG